CGAACAAUUGAGAAUUUGAGAGAGCGAAAGGAAAAGUGAAACCUUUUGUUUUACCCAAAAACGAAGAAAAGUGAGAAAUACUGUUGUGUAAGCAUUUUUUCCCUCUUUGUAUUCCACUACAUCGCUUUGAUCCAGACGCUGCUGCCCAGUUCGCCAUUAUUAGUUUCUUGAUUUAAGAAAAAAAAAAAAAUUGAGAUCGAGACCUAACAGGCCAGUGACCCAGUUCUUGAUUUUGCUUUAGUUGCUCAGUUUUUUUGUGGUUGGUUGGUUGUUUAUAUUUUCAUUGUUAGGAGAUUUGUUGGGCUUAAUGUGGUUUUGAUUACAUUUCAGGUAGAGAUCUUAACGUAGGGUCACUGAAUUUUAGGCAUUUUAGCUACUUUAAGCUCGAAGAGUCUUCUAUUUAUGCCGAGUUUCUGAAGAUAAAGGGUUCUUAUUUCUUCUUUUAUUUGAAUGUAUCAUUGUUUGAGCCCUAAGGAACCAUUUUGUUGUUGAGAACUUACUGUUGAUUUACUCAGAAUUGUAGAAAAGCAAAGCCCAGAUUUUGUACAAUUGUGUUUCAAAGAUUUGAUUUUGGUGGGUGGGUGGGGGGAGCUCUCCAGAUUUGAAGAAUGGUGUUUUGCCAUUGAAGUUCUCUUUUUUCUCUUCCUUUUUCUUUUUUCCAUUUCUGUAAUUUGUUUUAAUCUUCCAAAAUAUUGAGGAAAGAUUACAUCUUUUUGCCAUUGUGGAGAUCUGGGACCUUUUUCAUCUCCUUUGUCCAAUGGGUAUGCGGCGUUUUCCUUCGGAUAAUGCUUGUAAAGAACCACUAUUAAACUCCAUCAAUCCUCAAUCAUGGCUUCAAGUUGAAAGAGGCAAACUCACCAAACUUUCACCACAGUACUCUCCAUCUUCAAUCGAAUCCCUCAUCAAAGUCCCCGAUCCCCCGAUCCUCCCACUCUACAAACCCGUCGACUAUGUCAAAGUUUUGGCCCAAAUUCACGAAGAGCUCGAAACUUGCCCUCCAAGCAAAAAAUCGAGCCUUUAUUUGUUACAGUAUCAGGUCUUCAAAGGCCUUCGCGAAUCCAAGCUGAUGCGAAGGAGCCUCCGCUCAGCCUGGCUAAAAUCGAGCACCAUUUACGAAAAGCUCGUUUUUGGGGCGUGGCUAAAAUACGAGAAGCAAGGGGAGGAAAUCAUAUCCGAAUUACUAUCUUCCUUCGGAAAAUGUGCAAAUGAAUUUGCGGCCAUAGACAUUGCCUCCGAAUUCCCUUUCACCCGGACCUCCAAACCCCUGACAAAUGACGCCCUUACCCCUCGUCUCGUUUCUUUCCGAAUCGGCAAUGAAGAAAUAACCUGCGAACGGCGAGCAAUUGCCUCGCUCUCAGCUCCGUUUCACGCGAUGCUGCUCAAUGGCUGUUUUACCGAAUCUUUCAGUGAUGUAAUCGAUCUCUCGGAAAAUAACAUUUCUCCUUUAGGAAUGAGAGUGAUAAGUGAUUAUUCCGUAACGGGAAGUUUGAACGCUGACGUGGCAAACGGUCUUUUACUAGAGAUAUUAGUUUUUGCAAACAGAUUCUGCUGUGAAGGCCUGAAAGAUGCCUGUGACAAAAAACUCGCUUCUUUAGUGUCUUCUUGUCAAGACUCGAUCGAGCUCAUGGAAUUCGCACUCGAGCAAAACUCCCCUGUCCUAGCUGUCACCUGUCUGAAGGCAUUCCUCGACGAACUCCCCUUCUCGCUCGAAAACGAGCGCGUGGUCGAGCUUUUAACCGGACUCAACAAUCAGCAGAUAUCGAUCAUGGUGGGGCCCGGGCCCACAUCAUUCUCUCUCUACUCUCUACUCUCGGAAGUCGCCAUGGAUUUAAACCCGUCCUCCGACACGUCACUUCUUCUCCUAAUCCAACUGGCGCAAAACUGUGCUGUGACGAGCCAGCAGAAAAUGAUCGCAUUCCACAAGCUCGCUUGUGUCCGGCUAAUGAGAAAAGAAUAUUUAGAGGCCGAGAAGCUAUUUGAGGCGGCCUUAUCAGAAGGCCACGUCUAUUCGGUUACGGGCCUGGCCCGAAUAAGCUGCAUCAUCAAGAAGGGUCGGCGUGAGAAAGAAUGGGCCCACGAUAAAAUCACCUCCGUUUUAUUAUUAUCCUCUCACGACCCGCCGCCGCUCGGGUGGAUGCACGAGGAGCGGUCUUUGUACUGCGAUGACGAGGCGAAAAGAUUGGACGAGCUUAAUCGGGCUACUGAGCUUGACCCGACAUUGACCUAUCCGUACAUGUAUCGAGCCGCUUGCUUGAUGAGGAAGCAAGAUGUGCAGUCUGCACUCGAUGAGAUUAACCGAGUGCUCGGUUUUAAGCUUGCUUUGGAGUGCUUGGAGCUUCGUUUUUGUUUUUACCUUGCACUUGAGGAUUAUAAGUCGGCUUUGUGUGACCUUCAGGUGAUUUUAACGUUGUGCCCGGGUUAUAGGAUGUUUGAAGGGCGGGUAGCGGCAUCUCAGCUUCGGGUGCUCGUUCGGGAGCACGUGGAGAAUUGGACAACGGCCGAUUGUUGGCUGCAGUUGUAUGAUAAGUGGUCUUUGGUGGAUGAUAUUGGGUCGUUAUCUGUGAUAUAUCAGAUGUUAGAGUCGGAUUCGGCUAAAGGUGUUCUGUAUUUCAGACAAUCGCUGCUUCUUCUCAGACUCAACUGUCCUGAAGCUGCAAUGAGGAGUUUACAGCUGGCUCGCCAGCAUGCAUUGAGCGAAGCCGAAAGAUUAGUUUACGAGGGAUGGAUUUUAUACGAUAGUGGUUAUUGCGAAGAAGGGCUACACAAAGCUGAGGAGUCCAUUAAUCUCCAUAGAUCCUUUGAAGCUUUUUUCUUGAAAGCUUAUGCUUUAGCUGAUUCCAGUCAGGACCCAUCUUGUUCGUCAACUGUAGUUUCGCUUCUUGAAGAAGCUUUGAAGUGCCCUUCGGAUAGACUUCGCAAAGGCCAGGCCCUGAACAAUCUUGGAAGUGUCUAUGUCGAUUGUGGAAAGCUUGAUGCUGCAGCUGAUUGUUACAUAAAUGCCCUCAAAAUCCGGCACACGCGGGCCCACCAAGGCCUGGCCCGUGUCCACUUUUUGAGAAAUGAUAAAAACGCAGCGUAUAAUGAGAUGACUAAACUGAUCGAGAAAGCAAGGAAUAAUGCAUCUGCUUAUGAGAAGCGGUCAGAGUAUUGUGAGCGUGAGCUCACAAAGGCAGAUCUUGAAAAAGUUACUUCUCUUGAUCCUCUUCGGGUUUAUCCUUAUAGAUACCGAGCUGCAGUUUUGAUGGAUAACAACAAGGAGAAAGAAGCCAUUGCCGAGCUUUCGAGGGCUAUAGCAUUCAAGGCGGAUCUUCAUCUUCUCCACUUACGAGCCGCAUUCCAUGAGCACAUUGGUGAUGUCAUGGGGGCCUUAAGAGACUGUCGAGCUGCACUCUCGGUCGACCCUAACCACCAAGAGAUGUUAGAACUUCAUAGCCGAGUCAACACACACGAGCCUUGAGAGAGGAGGAAUCCAUUGAAAUUAGACAAAGAGGUGAAGAGAAGAAAAGAGAAAUUAGCUAGAAUUUGGUUAUAAAAUGGGAAAGGUAAAUUGUGGUGAAAAAUUAUUCUUGAGAGUUGAGGGAGACCUUUGUUGCUUUGUAGGUUUGAUAGUAGUGUGCUAGGGGAAAAGAAAAAGAAAAAAGAAAA